UGCCUUACCAAUUGCUGGGUGUUUGUUUUCAUUUUGAAGUGUGUUUGUACUGCUGUGCCGAUACUUCUUAGUAAUUUACUUGCACUUUAUUAAAACUGCUGAAUUCAUUUUUAGAAAAUGAGAUAAAAACGAUUUUAGCUUUAGCUAAUUCGCAUUAAAAUAGCAAACAAGAAAUUCCUACAAGAAUUAUUGUCAAAUUUUAUUUUUCUCUUAACUCUUGUGUUAGAAUAAUUUAAAUACGAUUUAAUGAAAUAAUAUGCUUCGAUGUUUGCGAAUUUUUGUUUUAAAAGCAACCUGAGUACAAUACAAUAGCAUGAAUAUCAUUGCUUUUCAACCAAGUGAAGCUGGAAAUAUGGGUUGAUUAAGAAACAAUAAAAGGCUCAGAAGAUGGCCCUGCUGGAUUCUUCCUCCGGCUACUUAACUUUCUUCAGGCACAUACACUAUCGCAUGCCAUCUGUGAGAUUCUCCAAAAUAAUCAUCUUGAACCUCUUCAUAUUGUUCGUGGUUAUCACUUUCUUAGCACACUACUAUUUACCCAAGAUUGGAAAUGAUGAUCCAGUGGCAGAAAUUCAUCAGAAAGGGAUGCAGAUGGAAGAUUUAGAUUCUAUCAAAGCCAUAGAUCUCAAAAGUAGAAUAGAAGAGAUGAUACGCAUCAAAGUCUCUGUUAGCAAUGAAUUAAGAGAAUUAGAAAGUAGAAGACAAAAACUACAGUCUGACAUAUCAAUUCUAACGCAGAGGAUGGAGGAUUUGAAAGUUGAUUACUCACGCCAACAAGUAGAUUUAGACCGACUAAGAAUUUCAGUUGAACAAGCUCAAUAUGCCCAGAAAGAAGUUCAAGAGAAAAACACGCCUUUCAUAGGGGCACCUAAACGAAUUCUUCCAUCUCUUGAUGAUAACAUCCACAUGCCACCCUCUACUCUCAAAGGAAUACGAAACUGUAAAAACUUUUUAUGUUUUGAUUAUUCCCGCUGUUCGUUAACAUCAGGGUUUCCUGUGUAUUUCUACCAACCAGAAGACUUUGGUACAUGGAACUCUAAAGAUCAUUACCUCAGAAGUGCAGUAAUGGAAGCCUUAAAUGUAAACAUUCAUAUUACAUUUGAUCCUUCCAUCGCAUGCAUCUUUGUUGUUCUUGUGGGAGAAAUUGUCCACGGCAAGAAAGAUCCCAAAUCAUUAGAACAUUAUCUAAGUUCUUUAAAUUAUUGGAAUGGCAAUGGACGAAAUCACAUACUUUUCAAUCUUGUUUCAGAAACCAAUGAAACAAACAAUGUUUUUGCAGGCCUCAAUACAGGACGUGCAAUAGUUGUGCAAUCUCAUUUUACGACAAAGGAUUUCAGGCCUCAUUUUGACAUUAUCUCUCCACCAUUAUUUUAUAAAAAGGAUAAGAUCUCAAAACUGUAUCUUUAUUCGCCAGCCCGCCGAAAAUUCCUCCUUUCUUAUCAAGGAGAAUAUAGGACAUCAAGUUAUGUUUUAAAAAGCAACUUUCGCAAACUGUCCACCGCCACACUUAGUGAUGAGGUCAAUGGCAUGGAAAAUGCAAAAAUGACCGAUUCUCAGUCAGAAGAUGUCGAAAAUCUAAUUGUAAAUAUCUUAAAAGAGAUGCAGUUGUCUGCCUUGGGAGAUAAUUUCUUCUUCCAAUUUUCUUGCGCGGGUAGCUCUUCACCUGGAUAUGAUUCAGAGUGGCUCAUGUGCGGGACACAUGAAACAAGGUUAGAGGUUCUGCAGGAUUCAACCUUUUCAUUACUUGUGAGUCCAUCUGACUACAAUAUCAUAAGUACUCCCCAAAUUCAUGUUCGUUUAAUCGAGGCUCUUCAGACUGGAGCUGUUCCAGUUGUGCUGGGAGAUCAUGUUCAUUUACCAUUUGAUGAAGUUGUAGAUUGGAGAAGAGCUGCAGUUAUUUUACCAAAAGCUAGAGUUUCUGAGCUGCAUUACUACUUAAGAACUAUUAGUGACAGUGACAUCAUUGCCAUGCGACAUCAAGGUCGCUUACUUUGGGAGCAUUACUUAGCCGGCCCUCGUCAAGUGGUAGCAACUAUUUUAUCAAUAAUACGAAAUAGAAUCCAGAUACCAGCCCCAGCUUGCAGAGAGGAAUCAUCUCCCAGUGUGUUCAAUGAAACAUUUCGUCCAUUAAAAGCAGAAUUCGCUGCCAUUCAAGAUCCAGACCCUGAAGAGAACCUGGGUCCUGUGGAAUCGCCAUUUCCAUCUCUCAGCUUCAGGCGCAACUUAACAAUUGCCAACAGUAAAACCUAUUUUGUCUGGAACGAACAGUUUGAUCCUUUUAUUUUAUACCCCCACACACCAUUUGACCCAGUACUGCCAUCAGAGUCAAAGUUUAUCGGCUCAAGCUUCGGUUUUCGUCCGAUUGGUCAAGGAGCUGGAGGAUCCGGUAAAGAGUUCAGUGAAGCACUUGGUGGAAAUUACCCCCGAGAACAAUUUACUAUUGUUAUACUGACCUAUGAAAGAGAAGCUGUUCUAAUUGAUUCCUUGCAAAGACUAAGGGGACUGCCUUACUUGAACAAAGUUGUUGUUGUAUGGAAUAGUGAAAAGUUACCCUCAGCAGAUCUAAGAUGGCCUGAAAUCGGAGUUCCCAUUCAUGUUAUCAAGGCAAAGAAGAACAGUUUGAACAAUAGAUUUUUACCCUUUGACGUAAUAGAAACUGAAGCAGUUUUAUCAGUGGAUGAUGAUGCCCACUUGCGUCAUGAUGAAAUUGUAUUUGGAUUUAGAGUUUGGCGUGAAGCUCGUGACAGAAUUGUUGGAUUUCCUGGAAGAUACCAUGCAUGGUAUUCACUGAAUGGUGGUUGGCACUAUAAUUCGAAUUAUUCUUGUGAGUUAUCAAUGGUUUUAACUGGAGCUGCAUUUUUCCAUAAGUAUUAUACAUAUCUGUAUAGCUACUCGAUGCCACAAGUCAUUCGGGACAAGGUUGAUGAAUACAUGAAUUGUGAAGAUAUUGCAAUGAAUUUUCUUGUCUCUCAUGUCACUAGAAAACCUCCUAUAAAAGUUACAUCUCGUUGGACUUUUCGUUGCCCGGGUUGUCCUGUUUCAUUAUCGGAAGAAGAUUCUCAUUUUCAGGAGCGGCACAGAUGUAUUGACUUUUUCUCUCAGGUUUAUGGUUACAUGCCACUUCUUAAUACACAAUUCAGGGCUGAUUCAGUACUUUUCAAAACAAGGAUACCCCAUGAUAAACAGAAAUGUUUUAAAUUUAUUUAAAUCCUGAAAUGUAAGAUUUUUUUUCUGCUUGAAAAAUAGUAUAUUCUCUAAUAUAGCGGUUCCCAAAAGGUGUUCUGCGGUACAUUUAGGUAUCAUGUAUACCUUGGGGUUACAAAAGUUUUGAUUGAUAUGGUUUUUAACCAGUAAUGAUUUUAAAAGAUUUAAUUAUAUAAUUUGUUUAUAAUUAUUUAAUACUAAUAAUUAUUUCUUAAAAAUAUAGGUAUUUU